GAACAUAAGUCGCAGCAGCAGCAGCAAAACAACAAGGAAGCUGAGAACGCGAGGACGAGAGGCGAGAAGAAUAGCUGUGGAUUGUUUAUUUACUUUUGGCUUCGGUUUGAUUUUCGAACUGGAUGUGAACUUUCUCGUUCUGUUGCAUUUGGUUCUUCGAUCAUAUCUGAUUGACAAUGCCCUCUGUACUGUAUCGUGAGGAGGAAAGGGAUGUUUACGGCAAUGAGGCUUCUGAGGAGCGGCGGACUCUCCUCAGCAAACUAGUCGACGUUGUUUAUAAAUUUUCACGCGAUGAAUCAUCGAAAGGGUACAACAAGUUUGUGACCUGGAAACUUAUUUCCCAAAGGAUUUUUGGACCUUGGAGCACAGUCUCAGGUGAAGAAGUCGAAAACAUCUGGAGAAGAGUUCGGGAUAGGUUUGAUGAGGAGGUGUUGAAGGAAAAAAGCAGCUACCCACGAACAAAUCGUAAACAGUCAGACUGGUUUUUGUACGAAAAGCUCUCCUUUUGGAAGGAACAGCAUGCAAAGACAGCAACAUCUGGUCGAUCUGAUCAACAAUCAUUAUCACCACCCACAUCUCCAUUUUCAUCAUCAAUACCAUCUCCAUCACCAUCGCCAUCUGUAUCCCUCACAUCUUCCAGAUCAGCCUCACCACCCCCCAAAAGAGGAAGAUAUGCAUCCUCUGAGAUGGAAGACAGUUUCGAGGACCCUUACUUUGAACCCAUAGGUGACCCCGAUUAUGAAAGUGAUGAUGUGCACUCAGAUGAUGAAAGUGAAGAUUCGCACUAUUGUGAGAUGCUUCAGAAAAUGACUGAAUCAAUGAACACACUCACGAGCGCUAUGCAAAGAUACCUGAAUUCUACCACUGCACAACAGCCACAACCAAGUGGCGUACCUCUGUCUUCUAGCGUCAAGGCCCAUGCUGCUGUUAUUGAAUCUGCAUUGUCAAAGGUCCCUGAAGAAAAGAUGCUUCAGUGCUUUACGGAGGUGAUGCAAGUAAUUUGCAAAUUUCAUGCCGGAUCAACAUCAAGCUAGUGUUAAUUCGGAUAAGGGCCUGUUCCAAGUUUACUCUUUCAAAAUACAGUUUGGUUUACUUCAUAAUUUUUAAAUCUAAUCAUAUUGUACCAAGUGAUUUUUUUUUUGUUUGUUUAAAGAACAAUGUGAUAUGUACCUGGUAUCAAGUAUACUAUGUUAUUUUUUCA